GAGUCCGCUUCCACUCAUCCCGAAAGCUGGGCCUGGUGAAAGUGAAACUGGCUCCCAGUCCGGUGGUGGUGGUGGUGGGGAGGCGGAGGCGCCCUUUUCAGAGUCGGGACGAGUUCAGAGACGUGGUUUGUGACGGCCGAGCGCGUGUUGGUUGGUUUGUUUGUUAUUUUGUGGUGGUGGUGUUGUUGUUGUUUCUGAUGACGCUGAAUCCGAGUCCCGGUGGAGCUCCUUCGUCUCCGAGGACUGCGGCGGCGCCGAGCUCGUCGGGCUGUCGGGGUUCGGGGUUCGGGGUUCGGGACUCCGUCGGACGGCGACAGAGGGGGGCGAUCGCGGCUCCGAGGACGAAUCUCGCUCAGGCGCCCCAGUCUGCAUCAAUGUUCAGCUGUUUGAAGAAAAAAUCAGCCCUCAAAGUCCACUUCCUGGUGGCUGGGGUUACCCAUAAUGCCGAGCAGAGGUUCAAGAAGAAGCUGAAAAGGCAGAUUCGUUUUCAAGAGUGCCGUCCAGAAAAAUGUCACGCGCUCGUAGUCUUCUGUCCGGUCAGCUCUCGGAUAGGGACUGACAUCGACGCCGCCCUCCAGAACAUUCCAGGGGACAAGCCCGCCGCCCUGGUGGUGAUGCACCACACCUACGACCCCGAGGCAGUUGUGGCUGAGAGCAGCAGACUGGUGACCAGGAGAGACACUGUGGCUGUGGACUGUCUGUUCCAUGAGACAGUGGGACUGCUGCGCAACUGUCCCACCAAUAAGCAGGCUGUGAGACGGGUCUCCAAAGCCUUAAAACCUAAAAAAAGUGGGAAGAAAAACCAGAGAAAGGGAAAAGUAGACCCAGUGUCUAACAGUGCGCAGUGCAGCCUACAGCAUCAUAGUGAGCCUCGUCCCCUCUGUAUAUAACUCGUACUGUAUGAUGCGCUCAAGAGAUCGGGCAGCACACUGACCACUAAACACUCUCACUCUCUGGGCAUGCUGGGACUUUUCCAGUAGCACAAUACCGGCAAGCCAUGCGAACAUCAGCAGAUCAGACGUGAAUUCGGGGACUUUCACCAGACGUUUCAGAAAAUCCUCUCAUUAAAUCCCCCCACCCCACCCCCCAAAAGCAGGACGGGCUUGGGGGAGCCGGCACGCGGGCAGCUGGGUGAGUUUUCUGGACCGAGGCUCCUUGUGCGAGGAGUUUGUAUGUGCUGCUCUCCAGAGUACACGGUCCAUCGCGUUACAUGGCGCCACAACUUCCUCCUGGUCGAUCCCGAGCCCUCGGGCUUCUGGGUCCGGCAGAGCGAUCUCCUGCCGAGCUGCAGCCUGGGCCCCUGUCGGAUAUCUGGGGCCCCCGUGAUCAGAUCCGGCUCUCCUCCCAGAAAUAAAGGCCGUUCAGAACAGCAGUGCUGCUGUAAAACCCGGUCCCUGGCCCUCCCUGGCACUCAGGGCGUGUCGAGACACCAGCUCAACACUAACAGAAGCAGCAGACUGCGUGGGGCUUUGCUCUUGAAGCCUUUACAAGACCUGCUGUUGUUAAAUCUGUUCAUUUCUUGUGGGUUUUUUUUUAUUAUCAAUCAGAUCGAUGGCUGAUUGUAAAGAGUCUUCUCACUGGACUUGUGGUCUCACUAAAAAAAAAGUGAUGAAAUGA